AUGCCCCUGCAGGUCACCCUGCCCAGCCCGGGACAGGCAUGGGGUGGGGGCCAGGUGGCCAGGGACCCGCUGUGGGUGGCCUUCACGGUGGCGCCUCUGCCCGGCUCGGCGCGCGGAGGAAGCCUCCGGGAAGGACGCCCGGGAGCCGAGGAGGAGCACCCCGUCCGGCCGCCCCCCCCCCGCGCCGCCCCCGGCCCUUGCGCGCGCUCCGGCGCCCCGCGCGGCGAGCAGCCCGGCCUGCCGAGUCCGCGGCCGCAGCGCGCAGGAGGCGCGCCCGCUUCCCGGCCGAGCCUUCGCGGGGUCGGGCUCCCGGCUGCGCGUCCCCGCGCCGCGAUGGCCACCCGGGAGAGCGUGCAGAUCCCGGACGACCGCGAUUUCGACCACUUCCGCGCGGAAUGCAACUCCGAGGACGGCUGGAGCCUCACCUAUAACAAAUCCGGGAUCGUCGUGUGGAUCCAGAUCCUGGAGAUGGAGAAGUCGCUGCACAAGAUCAAGUGCAGGAUGGACUGCAAGGACGUCGCAGCGGAAACCCUGUACGACGUGCUGCACGACAUCGAGUACAGGAGGAAGUGGGACACGAACGUCAUCGAGACCUUCGACAUCGGCAAGCUGACGGUCAACGCCGACGUGGGAUACUAUUCCUGGAAGUGCCCGAAGCCCCUGAAGAACCGCGACGUCAUCACGCUGCGCUCGUGGCUGCCCAUGGGUGACGACUACAUCAUCAUGAACUACUCCGUCAAGCACCCGAAAUACCCUCCCCGGAAGGACAUGGUGAGAGCGGUCUCCAUCCAAACUGGCUACCUCGUCCAGGGCAAAGGAGCCAAGAACUGCACCCUCACUUACCUGGCUCAAGUGGACCCCAAAGGUUCGUUGCCAAAGUGGGUGGUGAACAAGUCCUCGCAGCUCCUGGCUCCAAAGGCGAUGAGGAAGAUGUACAAGGCGUGCGUCAAGUACCCCGACUGGAAGCUGAAGCACAGCCCGCACCACAAGCCGUGGCUGUUCCCCGAGCAGAACACGCUGGCGCCCGUGGCCCUCGCGGACCUGGCCAUCCAGCACGCCGACUCCCUGGAGAACAUCGACGAGAGCGCCCUCUCCGAGACCAAGGACGACCGGGGCGACGGCAGCGACGAGGACAGCCUCAACUGAGGGGCCGCCCCCCGGCCGGCCGGCCCACCGCCCCCACUACAUGCACCCGCCUGGGCUUUUUGUCUGUGU